ACAAAAACCAAAGGGGGAAAAAUCUGAAAGGAAUUGAUCAUGGGGAGGGAAUGAGCACUCAAAGCCAAGCUCAGGUUUCCUGUUCCGUGUGGCUGUAGAAGAUAUAUAAACAGGCUUUUAAUGUGCUGGUGGCAGUCUUUGCAAGCUGCAAAGAGAGUGGAGGACUCUCUAAGCUUGUCUCCUUCAUUUCCCAGAUCUCUGAGGGUUUUAAAGCGACCACAAUGAACAAGUUCCUGUACUGCACGCUUGUGCUUUUGAACAUCGUUGUGAAAUGGACUAUCCAGGAGACUCUUCCCCCAAAGUACCUCCAUUAUGACCCUACAACUUCUCGUCAGCUGAUUUGUGACCAGUGCCCUCCUGGAACCUAUGUUAAACAGCAUUGUACGACUUCCUCGAAGACUGAGUGUGCUCCCUGUCCAGAUCAGUACUACGCAGAUGACUGGAACAGCAACGAAGAGUGCCAGUAUUGCAAUGUGGUGUGCAAGGAACUGCAGUAUGAGAAGGUCGAAUGCAGCAGCACUAAGAACCGUGUCUGUGAGUGCAUUGAAGGACGGCACCUCGAACUAGAAUUCUGCCUAAAGCACACAGCAUGCCCUCCAGGUUUUGGCGUUGUUCAGCAAGGUACUCCUGAAAGGGACACAGUUUGUGAAAGUUGCCCAGAAGGCUAUUUCUCCAAUGAAACAUCAUCUGAAGCAGCUUGCCAGCAACACACCAACUGCAGCGCACUGGGUGUCAAAAUCAUGCGGAAGGGUGAUGCCACCUGUGACAAUGUGUGCCAGGGAGAAAGGACUGACAAAUCAGACCAGCAAUGUGAAAUCGAUAUAACCUUAUGUGAAGAAGCAUUCUUCAGAUUUGCUGUUCCGACAAAACUUACACCUAGCUGGCUGAAUACACUCAAGGAAAGUCUACCUGGUAUAAAAGUCAAUGCAGAAACUGUUAAAAAGAUAAAACAAAGGCACAGUACACAGGAACAGACCUUCCAGCUACUGAAAUUAUGGAAGCAAAAGAACAAAGGCCGCAAGAAUAUUAUUCAGGGUAUGGAUCUUUGUGAAAACACCAUUUUGAAACAUAUUGGCCAUCUCAACAUCACCUCUGAGCAGCUCAACAUUCUGAUGGAAAACUUACCAGGGAAAAAAGUAGGGAAGGAAGAAAUAGAGCAUAUUCUGAGGAUGUGCAAAUCCACAGAUCAGGUUCUAAAGCUCCUCAACUUGUGGAGAAUAAAAAACAGAGACCAAGACACUAUGAAAGGCCUGUCAUAUGGGCUGAAGCACUUGAAAGCGUAUCGUUUCCCCAUGACAACCAUUCAAGGCCUCCGGAAGGUGGUCAAGUACCUCCAUAGUCUCACAAUGCACAAAUUAUACCAGAAGCUUUUGUUAGAAAUACUGGGAAAUCAGAUCCCUUUGGGAAAAGUGAGGCGCGGGUAGUUCCAGCUAUCUGUUCUUUUAUUCACCAUUUGCUGCUAGCAGUAAUAAUUAAAUCUGGGGAGGGGGGAAUGUUUUUCUAUGUUAUGCUUAUUUAUAUUUAUAUAUCUGACUGGGAUAGCUCAGAGCUAUCUUAGACUUUUUAAAAAUUGUUGUUAUUGUUGUUGUUGUUGUUGUAAUAACACUAAAAUCCUGAUCAGGAGUGUUUGUAUAUCCACAAUUUCCAAUAGGAUGUGCAGAGAAAUACCAGACCAGGCUAUUUAUAUUCACUGAAAUCUAGAAUGUUGUAUAUAUUUAUUAACUUAUAGGGCAACUUUAUGAAAUUAAGGGUAGAAACAGAUGACCUCUUACUGAAAGGUUGCUUGCAGAAUGUCCCUUAUGGUGAAUCCAUGAAGGAGAAAUGAGGUGGGACAAAUAUAAAUAUGCAUAUUUGUGUGUGUGUGUGUGUGUGUGUACACAUACACACACAAAUAUAAAGAGGGCAGGGGACAGUUAUCCCACUUCUCUACUAUAGUUUAAAUCAUUCUUCAGGAGCACCUAUGUGACUGAGAUACAGUCCCAGGAUCCAAACCCGGGUGAAUGGUUCCUUCAUUCACGCACAAAAGCUUUACAGUUCCACUUUUUAAGAGAAGUCUCACAUUUUCCACUUGAAAUGCCAGGGCCUUCUGCAUUUCAUUUGUUUCUACCCUCAUUUUUUUUCUUAAAAAAUAAUGGAAUGUACACUGUUUAUUUUCAAGCUAAAAGGGAUGAGGAGGUGUAUUUAUAAGACGCACAUAUGUAAUACUUCAUAACAGAUCCUUCCGUCAUUCUUCUUCUGUGGAUUUUUAAAGAUUGUUUCUUAGGUUUGUCUGUAUAAAUUGCAAUAUCUUCUGGAUGUAAUUUCUUCAUUCAGUCAUUUUUUUAAAAAAAAGAAUUACAUGAUGAAAGUAUAUGAUGAACAGGCUGUACAUGGGGUAUUGUUUUAGAACAUGAAUGUACCAUAUUUAAA